AAAGUCCUUGGAGGCGGUGGCAGUUGUAUUAUAUAUGUAUGUGUGUAUAUAUAUACAUAUAUAUGUGUAUGUGUGUUAUGUUAUGCUCGGCAUGCUUUUAUUUUUAAUCAGAGGGGAGGGGGUUCCUAGAAAGUCCCACCUCCUCCUGCUGUGUCUGCGAUGUAUCUGCUGAAUUUUAAACACUCGCCGCCACCAUAUUGGAAGGAGAAUACCGAAAACACGGACAUUACAAUAACAGCUUUGAUAAUAACCUCGGUUAUUAGGUUGUUCUUGAUUACCGAAUCUCCCCCCUCUUUUCAUUUUUUUUGGACCGGUCCAUCUUGAUGGCUUUCGUGGUAAAUAUUUAACUCGCAGUUUUUAACUAUUUAGCAGCGAAGCUCUUUUACUAGUUAGCUAGUAAUAUGUUUAUAGAUAUAUAAAGCGUAGACCAACAUUUAAAAAAAAAUGUGGAUAAUAUCUAUCUAAUCUUUUCAAAUGACUCGGUUUCUGUCCAAUAACAGAGGGGUUUGAAGGAGAGCUAAACCAGCGCGCGCGCGCGAGAGAGAGAGAGACUUCGCUCGCUCGCUCGCUCCAAAACAACGCCGCUGCUUUGCUAGCUCGCGCUCGCGCCUCAACUCAAGUUAGCAAAAGAAAAGAAAACAACAACAACAACAACCGCGCAGCUAGUUAGCUAGCUAACCAGCACACGCCAGGGUUCGUUAACUAGAGAAAUGGUUUAUUAGAAAGAAAAUCUCCUCAGGACUCGCUUCGCCAGUCCGCGUUUGCUUUCGGGAGUCGCUUUAUUUUUUCCCCCCACUAGCUACGUCUACGCAGUCGGAGUGGAGAAGAUAACGUUAUAACUAGCUUAGCUUAGUUUAGGAAACAGGAAGAGCCUGUCGUUUCCAUGGACAACACGUCCAUUAUAACGCAAGUUACGAAUCCAAAGGAGGAGGAGAUCCUAUCGUCGAAUCCUGAAAAAGUUUCGCUGUCCAGCAGCAGCCUGAAGAAGAAAAGUCACCGCAGUUUAUUCAGCUCCUUCUUCUGCUGCCUGCGGAGUUAUGAAGCCGAUCCUCCAGCCAGCACCAACAACAACACCAGCAGCCCUCUGCCUCCGCCCGUGGAGGAGAACGGAGCGCCACCAAAGUGUGAGCAGGCUGAGGUCAUCCCUGUGCCCGGUCCUCCGGAGAAAUACCUCCUCCCCGAGGUGAACAUCAAUGACUACGGGAAGAAGUGCGUGGUGAUAGACCUGGACGAGACUCUGGUGCACAGUUCGUUUAAGCCUAUUAGUAAUGCUGACUUCAUCGUUCCGGUGGAGAUUGACGGCACAGUGCAUCAGGUGUACGUCCUGAAGAGACCGCACGUGGACGAGUUCCUGCAGAGGAUGGGAGAAUUGUUCGAGUGCGUGCUCUUCACAGCCAGCCUAGCCAAGUACGCUGACCCCGUGGCUGACCUGCUGGACCAGUGGGGAGUGUUUCGGGCGCGGCUCUUUCGGGAAUCCUGCGUGUUCCACAGAGGAAACUACGUGAAAGACCUGAGUCGGCUGGGCAGAGAGCUGCGCAACGUCAUCAUACUGGACAACUCGCCAGCGUCCUACAUCUUCCACCCUGAGAACGCUGUUCCCGUGCAGUCGUGGUUCGAUGACAUGACCGACACCGAGCUGCUGGACCUGCUUCCGUUCUUUGAAGGACUGAGCAAGGAAGAGGACGUGUACGGAGUUCUGCAGAACCUCAGAGGCAGGUAGCAAGCUGCACCGUCCUGCCUUACCACCGAGGGCGUCCGUGCUCUCGCAGACUUCACCUCCCAGCAGCCCACUGCUCACUACACAGGAAGCGCAGACGCCGUGCUAUACCCCCCCACACCCCGUCUGCGGCUCCCACGGCGACGAACGUCCACUACAGACCUUUUACCGCGUACAAGAGACCCACUCGCUUAAGUGCUUAAUAACAAACCAAAAAAACCCCGCCAAACCCUUUCUUUCCCCAUGGAAACGAGAGAAUCCGGAUCUUUGGGUUGUCGCUAUGCAGGCGUUAAAGGACUGUGGGUUUUCUGUCCUCUUUGCUUACACAACGAAGUGCCUUUUUUGAAUGUCAUUUUUACUGGGAAAACAUUUUUGUACAUGAAAAUAUUUUCAGAAUUCUACUCUUUAAAAACAGAGGCAGGUUGUUAUGAUUAUUUUUAUUAUUAUUAUUAUUAUUUUGGUCAAAGGCAGUGUUAUCCAGACUGGAGGUUUCUUUUCUUUUAAUCGUCUCCAUCAGUGUUGUCGUUUUCUUUCGCGUGCACUCGUGCCAUCAUCGUACAGACGCCGUUCCCGUUUCUGGACGCGUGCGUCUGUUUGUGUCGUAAAAGCAAAGGGAUGCGUUCGCACCCGUUCGUUUUACACAGUCGGCUUCUUCGUUUUUUCGCGAGAUGCGGAACAAUCGCGGACGGUCUAAAUCACGCCGACGGAUCGCCACGUCGUUUCACGCCGAGGCUCGUUUAGUUUUUACCGGGUUGCUGGAUCACGGUGUGGGUCCUGUAACGGUGCAGAACACGCCGACAAUCGGGUCGGGUCAUCUCGGAGCUCGUCCAGUGAAUAUCAUGGAUAUUCUGGAUAAGCCGAGUUUUAGUUUGUGUUUUUUUUAGAUUGGAUUUUAAAGCUGGUGUAACGUAGACACCUUGCUGAUCCCCUCACUCCUUUAAUUUUAUAUAUAUUAGAGAGAGAGAGAUGUAUCCUGAUCAUCAGGAGAUGCACGAAAUCUCCAGCGUGUCCCUCAGGUGUUUGCUGAUAUUCACUUUCACAUCAUUGCAUCAUUUUACAAUCUUGUUCUAGUUUUAAUCAGACAUGCGGUUCUUUCUAGAACUCGUACGAAGCUCCUCGUCCAACACAGGCGAGACAGCUUGACGCGCACAUCUGCCCCGGAGCAUCCCUUUUAAUGAGGGCAAUAAUAUUUCGCGUUAUACGGUUAUAUAUUUCCAGGUUAUCAGCACACGCCUGUCGUUUCUUUUUUUUUCUUUCUUUCUUUUUUUUUUAAAAACUUAUUCUGAGCUACACCCUGCCGCUGCUGCAGCGCACAUGACUUCAGUACCUCACACACCAGAAACAGUGAGACGUGUGUGUGUGUGUGAGAGAGAGAGAGAGAGAGAGAGCGUGCGCGCGCGAGUGAGUGAGAGAAUGCUCUCAGUUGUGCAGGGUGAAGUGAAGGUCCAUCUGCAGAUUUGUUCUGAGCAGUGCAGAGGUGCUUUUUAGCUCUGGGUGCUGUGUGUGUGCUCUGUGUGUGUGUGUGUGUAUGUAUGUGCGCACGUGCGUGUGUGUAGCCUCUCACCACGGUGCCUAGGAGAGGAGCAGCGGCGUAUUUGAGCCGCCAAACACGCAAUAAUCUGUUUUGUGUUCUUUUUUUUUUUUUUCUUCUUCUUAUACACACUACACCAUGAUCUGUUCGCAUUAAUUACCCAUAUUUACGCAAUUAUUUAUUCUUUCAUGUGCGCUCUCUCUCUCUCUCUCUUCCUUCUCUGCACCAUGCAAGAGAGUUUGCUAAUCUGUCAGUAUUUCAUUUCAAAUAGACACCUUUUUGUUUUUUUAUGAUUAUCCUGCUGCUGUUGUUUCUUCCUGAUCUGAACCCUGUGUGUGGUAUCUGCUUUUCAGAAAUGGUGUCAAAUUUAACCCGCGUGUUUAAAACAAAACACUGCCCUUUCACAGAGUUCCUUUACCUCAUCGGUAUCGUCGACGUCCCGUCCCUCGCAUUAAACAUGCUGUCAGAGGCGGAGCACUUUUUUUUGGUGUUGGUCAAGGAUGUCUUUUUGUUGUUGUUGUUCUUCCAUUUUGUUUUUUUCUUCCACUACUAUCUAAAGGCACAACUAGUUAUCGUGUCAAGAUUACAUUUAGAAUUUCUAAGCAUUACAUCCACUUGGGGUUCUGUCUUUUUUUUUUUUUUUUAUAAAGUAAAUGUUUUGGAAAGCCAUGCCGACUUUCACCGCAUCUCUGAAAGCCGGUGCCGAGAGGCGGCGCAGUGCGUUUCGAGGUGAUGUGACCCAUGGUUUGUUGCAAAUUUUCUUCCAGACUGACGUUAUAUUAAAGCACCUUUUUAGGAAAAAGAAACGACUCCCUGUUUAUAAUUCGGUAUUCGGGCUCACGUUUAAAACGGCCCAGGUUACCCACCGUGUGGUGGAGUUAAAGGUUAGAGAGGGAAAAAUACUCGUAUACACACAAUACAACUCGUAUCUCGUCCCGGAGUGCUCCGUAGGCCGAGUAUUUGUUUUGACCCAGAAACUCACGCAGGUGCUGUGAUUAUUCAUAACGCCUAUUCAUUGGCUUAUUUUUAGGAUCAGUUCCUUUCUCAUACCCUCUUCUAAUACAGUGGGGAGGAAAAGAGCUGGGGGAGGAACAAAUCCCCCGCUGGCUUUGUCAUUCAUUAACCAACUGCUGACAACCGGAACGUUUCAAAUGACACUAUAAUAGCGUAUACUUCUCAUAUGACAGUGUGGGUGGUGUCUCGCUGAACACGUUCUCCAUUUGGGCUUUCCUGUCGACUUCUCCGAUCUCAAAAAAAAAAAUUAUUUCCCCCCGUAAUUUAAUUCAAAAAGUGGAACUUUCAUAUGGUGUGGAUUCAUUCCACAGAAAGUGAAAAUUUUCAAGCUGUUUUUUUUAUUUUGUUUACAGCUCAUGGAAAUCAAAAAUCCAGUAUCUCAAACUAUUAGGAUAGCUUUUAUAAUGCAGAACGUUCAUACGUGAGUCUAGAAUAUAUGAAGGCCCCACUUUUUGAAUUAAAUUACAGGGGGAAAAAUGAACUUUUCCACGUUAUUCUAAUUUUUGAGACACGUGUAGAGCGAGCAUCAUCUGCAGAUGUGAGACCAUGUUCUUUUUUUUGCGGCGUAUGUUUUCAGUAUUUGAUGACGUCUUCUGUCGGAUUGGUUUUAUUAAGCGCCAGAAUACGCGAUACGUUAUACGACUCCCCAUCCGUUACCAUAUGCAGAUCCUUUUUUUCUUUUCCCUCCCUUUCCUUCAUUUUACUAUACUGUACUAUCCUGGGGCUGGUGUCCUCAAAUCAGAGGUUUGUGCUCUCUUUUUCUUUUUGAACAAUGACAUGACAAAAUUACUAAAAAUGUACGUGUUCGGAAAUACCCAUAUACAUGUGGACUAGGCCUGAGGCUGAUCAAAUUUUCACCAAAUCUUUCUAGCAGGUUUGUGUGUCUCUUCCAUAACAAUCCCAUGUGCAGCUUGAAUUGUAACGUAGCUCCACCCCCUCAAGUCCUUACAGCGAAGUGUAUAUAUUAUUUUGAAUCCCCUUCACCGUACUCUCCUUGUGAUAUGAUACACUUGUCCCAUUCCUGGAAACAGUUCCUGUAGUCACCUUUUGUCAUUAUGUCUAGAGGAUCCAGUGAUUCUCCAGACGUUUGUAACAUCAAAGCACUUCAAUGUAAAAUCACUUAAGCCACAUUCGAACUCCAGUAAUAUUUAGCCCCCCCACCCUCAUAUACACACCAUGUUGUGGGGGUAUUUAUUUCUGCUCACGUGGUUCGUGUCCUCUUCGAUUCGUCACUGCAAAUCAACUCCAAGUUCUUCUGAAUGAUCAUCUUUACCCUAAAAUGAAAAAAAGGAUGUCUAUCCUGAUGGGUGUGGUUUCUUCCAGGAUGAUUCCACCCCCAUUCGGAGUGCAUGAGGGCUCGCUGAAUGAAGAUGAUGUAAAUCAGAUGCUUGCCUUCACACGUACCAGCUCUCAACCUAGUUACACAUCUACAGGGGACUUAGGCGAACCUGUUAGAGACCGCACUCUCCCUCUCUGUAGGAAGUAUUGUGUUCAUCACUCUAGGACCGCUCCAGAGAAUCGUAAAUCAUUACUAUGGGGCACUGAAGACAUUCUGG